AUGCGAAGAAAAACUUACUCGUCCUUUCCCGCACCACGCCAGGGUAUUUCUUAUAGACGAACUGCCGGCACCCAGCUCCGUACACCCAUCCGUUCCAAUGUGCGCACUGCUCUUGAUCAGAGAUGCAGCGAAGGGGCUCGAAACUCGUCAUAUCUAAGCGGAUCUCGCAGAGAAGAGCUUUCUGCCAGUACACCCGGACCAGAAGCGCUAGGCCGGGAUGACGACUUGCUGUUUGAUGCAUUCGAUUUGGAAUUGCUUGCACAAUCGGAUGACACGGCAAGGACUCGACAGUCUAUCUUCUCAACUGCAGACAGUCAUUUGCACACAGGCGAGGUACCCCAGAAUGGCGCACCAGCUCUGGUCUCUCGAUAUUUUUGUGACACCUCUCAUACCACACCGCAUCAAAGUGUAGCAUCUAGUUCCUCAGACAUUGAAACCAGGUCUCCUUCUAGUCCCCUGCUCAGGCUACAGGUUGGGAGAACCCGGCCAUACGUGGCACAAGAUAGUGGCUCCAAAAGGCACAGCCAAGAUUAUCAGUUUCGAUCUGAACAAUGUGAAAGAUCACACGUUGCUGCGACUCUAGAACAAAGGACGCCAUUUCAGGACAUACCGGUAUCAAUUCGAGGAAUCGUUCUUGUGUCUGUGCAUGAGCUCCCUGAUAAGUAUCGGUCACUGUUCCAUUUUCCUGCAUUCAACGCGAUUCAAUCCAAAUGCUUCCAGCCUGUUUACAAAAGAGAUGACAACAUUGUACUUGCUGCUCCUACUGGGAGUGGUAAAACAGUUGUUAUGGAGUUGGCAAUAUGUCGUUUACUUAACAAUCUGAAGGAUGAGAGGUUCAAGGUCAUUUAUCAAGCACCCACCAAGUCACUCUGCUCAGAGAGGUUCCGUGACUGGAACAGGAAGUUCCACUCAUUAGGCCUUCAAUGUGCUGAGCUGACCGGUGAUACUGAUUAUACACAGAUGAGGAGCGUUCAGAAUAGCCAGAUAAUUAUAACGACGCCUGAAAAAUGGGAUAGCGUGACACGGAAAUGGAAGGACCACGCACGUUUGAUGCAGCUAGUCAAGCUCUUCUUAAUUGAUGAAGUUCAUAUUCUCAAGGAGUGCCGCGGAGCAACAUUAGAAGCUGUUGUGUCACGCAUGAAAACGAUCGGGUCGAAUGUACGAUUUGUUGCAUUAAGCGCUACCAUUCCAAAUUCCGAGGAUAUUGCAACGUGGCUCGGUAAGGAUUCGGCAAACCAACAUGUUCCGGCACACAGGGAGCAUUUUGGAGAAGAGUUUCGCCCUGUUAGGCUACAGAGAUUUGUAUACGGUUAUCAGUCCCAGGGAAAUGACUUCGCAUUCGACAAGAUGUGCAGCUCGAAACUUCCUGAUGUGCUUGCAACGCAUUCUUGCAGGAAGCCCACCAUGAUCUUCUGCUGCACGAGGAAUUCAUCUGUGGCUACGGCAAAGGAACUUGCUCGGCUGUGGUCAAUGUCCAACCCUCCAGCUCGGCUAUGGAAAGGACCAAGCACAUCAUUCGAAUUCAAUAAUGUAGACUUGAAGAUUACAAGUGCUGCAGGUGUCGCAUUUCAUCACGCUGGUCUGAAUCCCGGAGACAGACAGACAAUCGAAAAUGGUUUCUUACAAGGCCAAAUUAACAUAAUAUGUUGCACAUCCACGCUUGCAGUUGGUGUGAACCUCCCGUGUCACCUUGUGAUCAUCAAAAACACCGUCGGAUGGCUAGACGGUGGCUGCAAAGAAUAUUCGGAUCUCGAAAUUAUGCAGAUGCUUGGUCGUGCUGGAAGACCUCAGUUUGACAAAGAUGCAAUCGCCGUUAUCUUAACCAGAAAAGAACGCGUCGACUAUUAUGAACGACUCGUCUCAGGCUCUGAAAGCCUUGAAAGCUGCUUACAUUUGAACUUGAUUGAUCAUCUGAACGCUGAAAUUGGGUUAGGCAAUGUCACAAGUGUUGAAUCUGGUAUAAGAUGGCUUGCUGGCACCUUUUUAUUCGUGAGGCUCAGACGGAACCCAACAUAUUAUCAGCUAAGGGAAGGUGCCAAUAGGGAAGAUGAGGACGAGAUGCUUCGCCAAAUUUGUGAGAAAGACAUCAAGCUUCUCCAAGAGAGUAACUUAGUCUCCACUGAACAUCUUAGAUCCACACAAUUUGGUGAUGCAAUGGCGCGCUAUUACGUGCGAUUCGAGACGAUGAACACCUUCCUCACAUUAGAGCGCCACGCCACUAUGUCUCAAAUCCUCUCCGUGAUUUCCCAAGCAGAGGAGUUUCGUGACGUCCGUCUCAAGGCUGGUGAGAAGUCGCUGUACAAAGAGAUCAACCGCGGAACUGGCAUAAUAUUUCCGAUAAAAGUGGAUAUAGCACUUCCUGCCCAUAAAGCAUCACUACUCAUCCAGUCUGAGCUGGGUGCGGUGGAGUUUCCAGAUGACGAACAGUUCCAAAAGCACAAGUUUGCGUUCCAGCAAGACAAAGGUUUUGUAUUUUCACACGUUAAUCGGCUUAUUCGAUGCAUCAUAGACUGUCAAAUUGCUCUCGAGGAUUCAGUCGCUGUUAGAAACGCCUUGGAGCUUGCAAGAAGUUUCGGAGCUAAAGUGUGGGAUAGAUCUCCAUUUCAGAUGAAGCAAAUUGAACAAAUUGGUGUCGUCGCGGUUAGAAAAUUAGCAGCCGCUGGAAUAACAAGCAUUGAAGCUCUAGAGUCCGCAGAGCCUCAUCAGAUUGACAUGAUCUUGAGCAAAAAUCCUCCCUUUGGGUUGAAACUUCUAGGGCGUCUUUCGGAGUUUCCGAAGUUACGCGUGUCUGUCAAGAUGAUAAACAAGGAGGCGAAACACGGUAAUCCAGUGAGAGUUCAUUUUAAAGCCGAGGUCGCAUUCAUGAAUGAAAAAUGCCCAACCACUUUCCAGAGGCGUCCUGUACAUGUCUGUUUCUUAGCGGAGACCUCUAACGGUUUGAUGAUCGAUUUCCGGCGUAUGAGUGCCAGUAAGGUCCACAGUAUCCAGGAGAUACCGUUGCACAUAGAAAUGGGAAGCCCAGAUCAGCACAUUACGUGCUAUGCUAUGUGUGAUGACAUUGGCAUGCCCGGGACUUUGAGAUCAGCAGAAUUGCGACCUGCCCUCCCAGCUUCGCUAUUUCCCUUUUGUUCAAGUAAGGACUCGGACGAGACGAGCCAGAAGCACACGAUGAACAUGUCACGCCCACGUAGCAACACUUCUUUGCGCAUCAAACCCAAUAAAGAAUGCAAUCCAGAUAGUUUCGGCAGUGAUGACUCGCUUUUCGAUGACUUUCUGGAAGCUGACCGCUCAAACGGACUCAGUCAAAUGACGUUAUCUGCAAGUAUCACCAAGAACAGCACAAAGAUGAAUAAUCCCGGUAAACCACGGGUUCGAAAGGACAGUGGGCCUGACAAUGGGUCACAAGAAAUGCUACAAAAGCGCUCUCAGGAAUCAGAGAUAGGUUUGAGAGAUGCUGCUUGUGAAGACCUAAUAUGUCCUGGCUCUAAUACUAAGGACUCGUCGAGCGACUAUGGAGAUGACAGCUUCAGUGAUUUGCCUUCACCGUCUGAUUUGCUCCUUGGCCACACUGCUGGAAAGACAGACGGGGAUGACCAGACCACCAGCAAAGAGACCUGCUUAGAGAAAAAUGUCAAAACAAAAGACGAUUGGAUUUACGCAGAUGAGCGAUGGUUUACACAAUCAUCCUCACUUCCUGACUCGCGUUUGCAAGGUAAAGAUGUAACCACUACCGAGGCCGCAGGGACCUUCACGGAAUCUGUGGGUGAACCAAGGACAUGCAGUUCAAAUGGUGAUCAAGAGGCCAAGUAUGACAACCACACCACUACUGAGAUGAGAGAGAUUGAACACCUUGGAAAAAAGCGAAGGCGCUCUUUGGCUUCUGGGGACAAAGCUUACGAUAAGAGAAUCACGAAGAAACAUAUAGACAACCAAGCCACUGAGGCUUCUGCAAGUCAAAGCCAAUACUGCAGUGCUGACACAUCAAGUGGCUACAAUCAGAAUCUCCAGUCCUGUGAGCCUACUCAUUCACCUGAAAUCUGGGAUGACAUCGAUCCGACUCUGCUAGACGAGUUCAAAGACAUUGUUAGCUUCUUCUAG